UCCUUAGGUUUGUGCCUCAUUCAUUGUUUCUCCUUCACCUCUAUCAAUUACUCCUCCGGUCCCAUAACCUAAACACAAGCAUGAAGCUUCAGAGAGAGAAUAUAUAUGCCCUUUCAACUUUGCUCAUGCUUUUAAUGAUUUUGUUCGGUUCAACAUCAAUAAGAGCUCAAGAAGUUGAGGACGAGAGAGAGUUUGACUAUAUUAAAGGAAGUGAAAAGGGACCUCUUCACUGGGGAGAGCUAAAAGAAGAAUGGGCAGCUUGUAAACAUGGAGACAUGCAGUCUCCAAUAGACUUGUCCAAUGGGAGAGUCAAAAUGAUCCCAUAUUCUCACCAACUCAAGACCAAUUAUAGAUCUUCCAAUGCCACUCUCAGAAACAGAGGCCAUGAUAUUGCGGUUUAUUGGAUGGGUGAUGCUGGCUCAAUAAGCAUAAAUGGAACCGAAUUCUUUCUGCAACAAUGCCACUGGCACUCUCCAUCUGAACAUUCCAUCAAUGGCAGAAAUUAUGACAUAGAGAUGCACAUGAUACAUGUAAGCCCGGACCCCAAAGGCAACAAGAUAGCUGUGGUUGGUGCUCUCUAUAAGAUGGGUCACCCCGAUCCUUUUCUGGCUCAGUUGGUGAAAGACAUAAAGCACAUUGAAGAUGAAGAAAGAGAAAUAGUCAUUGGACACCAAGAUCCUUCCCAAAUUCAGACGAAAGGCAAGAUUUAUUACAGAUAUGUAGGUUCACUAACUACUCCUCCUUGCACUGAAGGCGUCAUCUGGAACAUUGAUAGGAAGAUAAGGACAGUUUCAAAAGAACAAGUGAAGCUUUUGAGGGAGGCAGUGCAUGAUCAUGCAGAGAUGAAUGCAAGGCCAAGGCAGCCACAUAACAAUCGGGACAUACACCUACACCAAUUCUUCCCUUUCAAACCAAAAAAUUAAAUCUGACCAAUCUGUAUUAUUGGUGUGUAGUGUAUGAGAGGCAACUAUUGGUGUCAUCAUCAUCUUCUGUCCCUAAAUGGUGUCAUAAUUUCCUGUCUCACCAAUCUGUUGAAUCAUAUAUUUUUGUCAUAUAAAAUGUUUUUAUCAUGGUGCUUCAUGGUUGCCAAUCUAAUAAAUCAGACAAUGAUACGUGAAUAAGAAAAGCUGCAGAACAUUUUGGCUGUGA